UGAGGCUUGCAGCAGACACUUAAAAGCGAAACAAGAAAAUAGUCUAGUUCUUUACUUUCCCAAUGUUGUGUGCUGUGACCUGAGAGUGUUGAGACUUCUGAGUGUCGAAAGAGAAAUGUCUGGUUAUUACAAACGUUAUAUUUCCAAAAAAAUACUAAACUGUGUCCAGGGUAAACUAGAGAGGAAAUUACCAGAUACCCAGCCAUUGGAGAAUGUAGUGGAAAAAUUGGUCAAAGUUCAACUUGGUCAGAAAAACCUAUCCAGUGGUGUACAGUUUUCUGUUGGCAUUCAGAGUCUAUCAAGUGUCCUCCAGGGCACAUCUUUAGACCUGGACUUGAGCAAGGCUCAGGCAGAAGGAAUUCACGUCCAGAAUGGCAGCCUUCAGUUCCACGUGGAAACAAAUCAGUUGAUACAGAGACUGCUGACAGAGAUUCGAACACAUCCCAGUCAGUACGGUCACACGCUCCAGUCUGGAGGGAAAAAACAACACAUCUGUGUAGAGUUCAGCUCACCAAAUAUAGCCAAACCAUUUCAUGUUGGACACAUGCGCUCAACUAUCCUAGGGAACGUCCUCUCCAAUCUUUACGAGGCCUCAGGGCAAGAUGUCAAAAGAAUAAAUUGGAUUGGAGACUGGGGGACACAGUUUGGUUUGUUAGCCUUGGGCUUGACACGCUAUGGAAAUAUCAACAUGCUCAAACAAGAUCCCUUGCUGGAGUUGUUCAAUGUUUACGUGAAGAUCAACCAGACGGUGAGGUCUGAGUGUGGCACAGCACCAGAGAGCACAUCACCAACCUACCAGGAGGGGAUGGCAUUGUUUACACAGCUGGAGCAGGGAGAGGAAAGCAUGCGUGAUGUUUGGACGAUGGUCAAAAGGCUGAGUCUGGCUGAACUGGACAAGAUGUACCAGCGUCUAGGUGUCCACUUCACCCACACACUGGCUGAGUCAGAUUACCACGCUCAAACUUCACAAGUCUUGGCACGCCUUGCACAAGCCAAUCUGCUGCAGUACGAUGAUGAUGGUGUGGGUCACGUCAAGAUGGACAACUCAGGACUAGGCCGUGCUAGUCUAGUCAAGAGUGAUGGUUCUUCUCUUUAUUUAACCAGAGAUGUGGCCUCAGCCCUUGAGAGACAAGAAAUAUUUUCAUUUGACCGGGUACAUUACGUGGUAGAACAGGGCCAGAGGAGCCACUUUAAAAAGUUGGUCCAUAUACUGGAGAAGUUGGGCGUGUCCUGGGCCCAGAGGCCCAUAGACGACAUCCACGUGUGUUUUGGCCGUGUGAAGGGGAUGAGCACGCGUGCUGGGACCGUGGUGUUCCUCAGGGACGUCCUUGAUGAGGCCAGGGCACGUGUGCUGGCAUCCAUGAAGUCCAAAGCCACCACAAAGGUUGAGUCAGAUCUGGAGACUACAGCUGAUGUUCUUGGUGUCACAUCCAUCAUACUACAGGACCUAAAGGCUCACAGAACCAACGACUACACCUUCUCAUGGGAUCGUAUGCUCAACUUCAAGGCUGACUCGGGUGUCUUUGUUCAGUACUGCCACGCCAGGCUCUGCAGCAUGAUCUCCAACUGUGGUGUUGAGCUGACAGAUGAUGUUGACGUCAACUGUUUGAUGCUUGACUCUACCCUUGUUGCUGCUGCCGUCCACUUAGCCAGAUAUCCUGAUGUGUUUGAUGAGGCCCUGUCAGGGUUGGUUCCCCACCAUAUAGUCCAGUACAUGUUUCAACUUUGUCACCUGGUCAAUGCAGCAUAUUCGGUAUGUCCAGUUAAAGGGGAGAGCAAAAAUAUUGCACAGGCUCGGCUUCUGGUGUUUGAAUGUUCCAGACUAGUGUUGGCCAACUGCCUGAGGGUCCUGGGGCUGACCCCCCUAGAGCGCAUCUGAUGUCCAGCAUGGCCACCCCCCCCCCCCCCACCCACCCACCCCACUCCCAUCUAAAUCACAAGAUGAUGUUGUGUGUGGAACGUGUGCUAUAAAUGCGGUAUAAGUGUGUGGGACAUGUGUGUUUCAUUAGAUGCGUGUAGUAUGUGGGUGAUAUUGAUACAUGUGUGAUAUUUAUAUUCGCCACUUGAAGUGCAUGAUACAUACAUAUGAAAUGCUCUACUAAAAUUAGCCAUUCUAUGACCAAAUGAACUUAA